ACUUCCCUGUGACUUGCAAAAGAGUGCAUGCAUUCAACCCUCAGCCACUUCAGAGUGUUGGAGCGCACGGCCCAGCGCGCACGUUUUAGGAGUAGAUCGCCUAACGCACAAAGCCAAAACCGGAGUGGAUCUCCUUUUCAAUAUAAAUCUUCGCCCCCCCACCACCUGUUGAUGAAGUCCCGACGGGGUCCGGGACGCAGGAGAGACGUUUGAUUUGUUCCCCGGGACAUAACGCGUGAAGAGGGUGCGGGAGUGGAUCCAGUCCCGGUGGGCAAGAGGAAAGAAGGACCUUGUUGUUUUCCCUUUCCCCCAGCGGUUUGCAGCCUGUGCUGGGUUGGAGGAAAAUGGGCUCUUGGAUCCGUGGACUUCUCCUCUGUUUGCUACUCUCAUGCCAGCUGGUUACUGUGACACGGGCCUCCAAGGUGUGGGGCGAGGUCCCGCUGCCAGACGACUUAGUGGAGCAGAAGGAUGUCCAGGCGGCACCGAGCUUACUGGGGGACGAUGAGGACUUUGUCGCUGAUGAAGCCUCAGGAGAUUUGCCAAGUGGUGAGGAUGACGGAAGUACACCAUGGCCCCCAGUUUCUGAUACCACAAAGUACUGGUUGGACUCUUCCUAUGUGGGGAACAUAAAGAACUCAGUUGAGCCAUCCUACAUUUAUUACAGAGCUCUAGUCAACUUCACCAACUCCAUCGUCUACAGCUCAGAGCUGGAGGACAUCUUCUCCCCUGCCUUUAAUGAGAUCUCAGAAGCUGUGGUUGACACGCUGGAGUCAGAGUACAACAGGAUUUCAGGUGUCCAGACAGUCAGCGUGGUCCUUGUUAAGAAGGUGGUUAGAGAGAACGGCGUUGACGUAUUUGUGGAACUGGACGUGGGCUCUGACUACAACAGCAACAGCGAACAAAUUCGAAGUGUGCUGUACAGCGUAGUGCAGCAUGGCGAAAUCGCCUCCUACGUCACAUCAGUGGAGGGCUUUCAGUUCAGACAGCUUGGGGAAGUUCAACCUCUGCCCUCAGUGAAGCCCAUAGCGGUGCCAGUACCCCCCGUCAUCAGACCCUGCAUGCCGGAUGAGCACAGGUGUGGUGACGGGACUUGUAUCCUGUUGGAAUACCUGUGUGACAACCGACCAGAUUGCCGUGAUAUGAGUGAUGAGAACAAUUGUGAUUUGAUAAGGCCCGUUAUCCCAACCGUACCCACCCGUGCCACCACAACCACCAUCGUUAAACCUCCGCAGCCACCCGUCAUUCCAGGACUGUGCAGGGCGGAUCAAGCAAAAUGCCAGAGUGGAGAGUGUAUCCCUCGAGACUACAUCUGUGAUGGAGAAAGAGACUGCUCAGACGGAAGUGACGAAUUCCGAUGUGGAACUCCGUCCCCGUGUGAACCAAAUGAGUUCAAGUGUAAAAACGGUCGUUGCGCCCUCAAGCUAUGGCGUUGUGAUGGAGACAAUGACUGUGAGGAUAACUCCGAUGAGCUCGACUGCCCCACCAAGGGUCCCGAUGACAGGUGUGCUCCAGAGCAGUUUGAAUGCCUCAGCGAUCGCACUUGCAUCCCAGCUAGUUACCAAUGUGAUGAAGAGCCAGAUUGCCCCGACCGCUCGGAUGAAUACGGUUGCACCCCUCCCUCGGUGACAAGCCCGCCAGAAGAAUCCAUUCAAGCUGCAAGAGGAGCUACUGUGACAUUCACCUGUCAGGCUGUUGGAGUGCCAACACCCAUCAUCACCUGGAGACUGAACUGGGGACACAUUCCUAUCAGCGGCAGAAUCUCCAUGACCAGUGAGAAUGGCCGUGGCACCCUCACAAUACGUGACGUGAAGGAGGCCGAUCAGGGGGCCUACACUUGCGAGGCCAUCAAUGCCAAAGGUCUGGUGUUUGGUAUUCCUGAUGGAGUGCUAACCCUUACAUCGAAUCCCAACCCAGGAAACUGCCCAGAUGGUCACUUUAGUGUGGAAGGUCGUUGUGUUUCCUGCUUCUGCGCUGGAAUCACCAAGAAUUGCAAGAGCACUGGACGCUACCGCAAUCAGAUCAGCCUGCGUUUCACUGAGGAGGAAGACUUUAAAGGAGUGAAUGUCAGCUACCCAUCUCGGCCAGGCACUCCUCCUCUUUCCUCUACUCAGCUCCUCAUCAACCCUGAGAUGGAAGAAUUCCAACUAGUUGAUCUGUCACGUCGUUUUCUCAAUCUGGAUUCUUUCUGGACCUUGCCUCGCCAGUUUCUUGGCAAUAAGAUUGACUCCUAUGGAGGAUCCCUGAAGUACAAGGUGCGCUACAUAUUAGCUCGAGGUCUGUCUGAGCCUGUGGAGAAGCCAGAUGUAAUCCUUGUUGGAAAUGGACGAAGGCUCAUAUACCGUAGAGGCAGCGCCGUACCUGCUGGUGUGGUCAACCAGAGAGAAAUCAAAUUCACUGAAGAUAACUGGCAACACUCCAGCGGCCGGCAGGUAAGCCGUGAGGAACUAAUGAUGACACUGGCUAACCUGGACAGCAUCAGCAUCCGCACAAUUUAUGACAACCACAUGGUCAGCGUGGCACUCAGUGAUAUCGUCAUGGAUACCACCACUGUAGAGUUCAGCACUCGGGGUCACGCUAAAGACGUUGAAGAGUGCAGAUGUCCUCCUGGAUAUACGGGCCUGUCCUGUCAAAUGUGCUCCUCUGGCUUCGAGCGUGUCCCUGGUGGCUCCUAUCUGGGCACCUGCGCCGGUUGUAACUGUAAUGGACAUGCCAGCGCCUGUGAUCCAAUCAGUGGACACUGUCUGAGCUGCCAGCAUAACACAGAGGGCACUCAGUGUGACAAGUGUCGCGCCGGUUACUUUGGUGACCCAAGACGAGGCCGGCCCGAUGACUGCAAGCCCUGCCCCUGUCCAUACUAUGAAACCACCCGCCGGUUCUCUGAUACCUGCUUCCUUGAUUCUGACCAACAGCCAACGUGUGAUGCCUGUAGGACUGGCUACACAGGAAGACGCUGUGAAAAAUGUGCUCCUGGUUACCAGGGUAACCCUCUUCUGCCAAACGGAAAAUGCGUUCCUCAGCAAACCAAGUGUGAUAACAGAGGAAGCAUCAGCUCAAGCAGCAGGCCAUGCACCUGCAAGAACAAUGUGGCAGGCGCUCAAUGUGAUGAGUGCAAGUCUGGCUUCUUUCACCUAUCAGAGAACAACCCCGAGGGCUGUCUGCGUUGUUUCUGCAUGGGCGUCACCAAACAGUGUGCCAGCUCUACUUGGAGUCGAGAUCAGGUGCGAGGAGGAGUAAAUGGGCAGCUUUUUAAACUCACCAACAGUGGAAAUACGAGAACUAUUACUGAGGGCAUCUCUCAGAGGGGCCCCUCGGAGGUUGUCUACCGCUACUUUACCAGUAUCCCAGACGACAUCUACUACUGGGUCAUGCCUGACAGUUUCAGAGGAGAUAAGGUGACAGCAUAUGGUGGGGAACUUCGCUACACUGUGCGAUUUGAGCAAUUUCAGCGUUCACUGACGAUUGAUGGUCAGCCAGAUGUAGUUCUCCAGGGCAAUGGCAUCUCUCUGGAGCAUUACACGCGGACCAAAACCCUCCCUCGUGUCUCACAAACUGUCACGGUGACAUUCAGAGAGUCUGAAUGGCGUCGCACUGAUGGGCAGUCGUGUACGCGGGAACACCUCCUCAUGGCUUUGGCCGAUGUCAGCGCCUUGCUCAUUAGGGCCACAUAUGCGGACAACAUGGCAGAGAGCAGUAUAUCAGACAUCAAGAUGGAUAUCGCUGUUCCUCGCUCAACUGGGAAUGAACGUGCCCUGGAGGUGGAAGAGUGUGCGUGCCCUCAAGGUUAUAGAGGACCAUCUUGCCAGGACUGUGAAGAAGGUUACACUCGAACCACCUCUGGUCUUUACCUGGGCACCUGUGAGAGGUGUGACUGCAAUGGGCAUGCCAGCAGUUGUGAUCCAGAGAGCGGCAGGUGUCUUCAAUGUCUCCACAAAACUACUGGACCAAGGUGUGAGCUGUGUGAGACUGGUUACUAUGGAAACCCAACAACAGGAGGUGCUCAGGCAUGUCAGCCUUGCCCCUGUCCAGGAACUGCAUCCAACAACCAAUUCUCCCGAACCUGUUAUCUUGAAUCUGACGGUCAACCAACCUGUGACAGCUGUCCCCCUGGGUACACUGGCAGACGCUGCGAAAGAUGUGCACCAGGAUACACCGGCAACCCACUACUUGGACAAAGGUGCACCGCUGGUAACGAAGUCAAUGGUAACUGCUACAACUGUGACCCAAGAGGAAGCGAAGGCUGCCAUGGCGGUUCUUGUCGCUGCAAAAUGAAUGUUGAAAGUCCAUCCUGUGCCACAUGCAAGGCUGGAACCUUCCAUCUAAGCCAGCAAAACAAAGAUGGCUGCCUGUCCUGUUUCUGUAUGGGUGUCACACAGCAGUGCUCCAGCUCUAACUACUACAGAGACCUGGUGUCCUCAACAUUUUAUCCAGGGAACUUCCAAGGAUUCGCACUGGUGAACCGCCAACGCACCAACCGUAUCUCCACUGGUUUCACAGUGGAGAUUUCCACCGAGGGCACUCAGCUGUCCUACAGCAACUUUGACUACCUUGGACAAGAGCCCCACUACUGGCAGCUUCCGGGGGUCUUCCAGGGAGACAAGGGUGAAGAUGUCAGACAGCUGGAUGAUGAGGUCUGGGCACUCCUCUCAAACUUCUCCUUUCAACGAUCUCCACUUUCCACUUCCUCCUCUGUUCGUUUUCCAACAUCUUCACACUCUUCCUCUCAAUGGUCUUUGCAAAAUCGGAGCCCGCCUCCUCGUCCGUCUGGCAUCUCCUCUUCAGUUAAACCAACCAGACCCCAACCGUACUCCCCAGGCCAUGCGCCUCACCUGCAGAGCAAGAACACAGUGAGCAAGACGAAUGGCCAACCCUCUGGAGCCAAAAGCGAGUACUCUCUGGUCUACAAAGGUUUCAGCUUGCACCAGGAUGAUCUGCUCUACUGGCAGCUCCCUGCACAGUUCACAGGGGAUAAGGUGGGCUCAUACGGUGGCAAACUCAAAUAUACCAUCUCCUAUGUGGCUGGUGCAAGAGGAACCGUACUCGAAGACGCCGAUGUGCAGAUUAUCGGUAAUGACAUAACUCUGGUUGCUGGACAGUCCUGGCAGAGAAGGCAGCACGGCAGCAGAGAGACUCGACAGUUUGAGGUCAUCUUCACGGAGGAACACUGGCGUCGCCCUGACGGCAUGCCUGCCACACGAGAGCACUUGCUGAUGGUUCUGGCUGAUCUAGACGACAUCCUGAUCCGAGCGUCCUACUACAGUGAGAUGCGCUCCUCCAGUAUCUCUGACAUCAGCAUGGAAGUCGCCAUGCCCAAUUACAGCGGCCUGGCGCAGGCACUCGAGGUGGAGCAGUGCCGCUGCCCACCCGGUUACCUCGGACUUUCCUGCCAGGACUGUGCGGCUGGUUAUACUCGCACCGGUGGAGGCUUAUACCUGGGUCACUGUGAGCUUUGUGAAUGCAAUGGCCACUCUGACUCCUGCCACCCAGAGACUGGCGUCUGCACAAGCUGCCUGCACAACACUCAGGGUGAACUUUGUGAGCAGUGUGCCCCCGGCUUCUUCGGUGACCCCACUGUUGGCACACCAGAGGACUGCCAACCCUGCGCCUGCCCUCACACUGACCCGGACAACCAGUUCUCCCCUACCUGCGAGAGCCUUGGUAACGGGGGCUACCAGUGUACUGCCUGUCAGCCUGGAUACACAGGCCAGUACUGCGAGCGUUGUGCUCCUGGUUAUGUUGGCAACCCACAAGAGAGACAGAAGUGUCGUCCAUACGAUGCUGCGGCAUCACUGGUGGUGAAGGUGUAUCCAGAGAGGGUUCUGACAACUCAGGGUGGAUCAGUCAUCUUGCGGUGUCAAGUUUCUGGCUCGCCACCACACUACAUUUACUGGUCCAGAGAGGACGGACGGCCCAUCUCAAGCAGCGCUGACAGACGCAGACAAGGAGCAGAACUGCACUUCCACAAUGUCCAGCCAAGUGAUGCUGGCGUUUACGUCUGUACCUGCCGGGACCAGCGCAGCAGCAACAGGAGCCGGGCAGAAAUUGUUGUCACAAGUGUCCCGACCAAACCCAUAGAAGUGACCGUUGAGGAACCCAAAGCCCAAACAAUUCGAGUGGGAUCAACUGUAAACUUCAUCUGUACAGCAAAGAGCAAGUCACCAGCUUACACGCUGGUAUGGACCCGGCAGGGUAACGGGAAGCUGCCCAACCGGGCCAUGGACUUUAACGGCAUCUUGACCAUUCAGAAUGUCCAGCCAGAAGACGCGGGCAUCUACGUCUGCACAGGCUCCAACAUGUAUGCUAUGGACGAGGGCAAUGCCAUCCUCUAUGUGCCAGAGGCCUCACAGACACAGAUGUUUUACACAGCCUAUGAAAUGUUUGAAGGACACAGAAAGCCUGCGGAGGGGGCCCAGCCUGUGGCCACCAUCAACCCUUCUUCGCUGACUGUCCAGCAGGGGCAUAGAGCCGAGUUUCGCUGCACUGUGACCGGGAACCCAACUCCUGCCGUUGAAUGGAUCGGGGGCCCCGGGAACAGAAUGAGUCCCAGGGCUGUGAUAAGAGGAAACUUGUUGACCUUCACAGCAGUGGAUCAGGCGGAUGAGGGCGAGUAUGCCUGCAAAGCUCUGAAUACCCACGGCGAGCACACAGCAUGGGUUUCCCUCUUUGUGAAAAAAUCCAACCCCAACGGCUUUGGCACCCAGCCCCAAGUCCAAGUCAGUCCCCAAAAUAUCCGUGCUCAUGAAGGGGACACCUUGAGAUUGUACUGUCGUGCAACAGGAUCACCAACCCCUGAACUCACCUGGCUGAAAAAUGGAGGACAAAUCCCAUCCCAGGCCAUUCCCUCUCAUGGUUUCCAUCAGUUUAAAAGCAACAGUGUCGAUGUGUUACACAGACGUAUUGAGGAGACGCAGGUCAGCAUGGAUCGCACCGAUAUCGGUACUCUACUCAUCCCAAAUGUAAAGGUAUCUGAUUCGGGCACAUACAUGUGCGUAGGCAGCAACAAUGUGGGCUCCAACAGCGCCCCCAUUCAAGUUACGGUGUUGAAAGCCGAUCAAAGCUCCUCAAACAUCAAAAUCCUGCCAUCGGCAGCAGACGUCCACGAGGGUGAAGACUUGUCCUUGAACUGCGUGGCCUCUGGUAAUCCUCCUCCUCAAAUCACCUGGACAAGAGCUGGUGGAAGGCUGUCUUCUAACCACCAGGUUGUUGGCAGUCAGCUCCGUAUCCUGUCGGCUACUCCAGAGGAUUCAGGAGAGUACAUAUGUCAAGUGCAGGGCAUCCCUGGAUCUCACAUCCAACGGGCCACUGUCUUUGUUUCGGUCACUUCAUCCUCCUCACGUCUUCAAAGUCCCAUCAUAGCCAUCGAGCCCCACAGCGCUGCAUUACGCGUGGGGGAGUCGGCCAGCUUUAGGUGCAAAGUGUAUAGCGGAGCCCAACCUGUAAGGCUGGAGUGGAAACUAUCCAACAACCAACCGUUGCCAGACAAUGUCCAGAUUGGCCCUGAUGGUUCCGUUAUUACCAUUUCAAACGCAAAACCGGUCAAUCAUGGUGCUUACCGCUGUGUGGCCAGCAACCCAUUUGGCAUCACCCACACUUUUGUGUCCUUGAUUGUGAAAGAAUCCCCUGUGGCCAUCGUCACCCCUGUUGGGCCAGUGCGCAUCAGGGUUGGGGAACCCAUUAACCUGGAGUGCCAGGCUUCGGGAGAGCCUCGACCCUCCGUGUCAUGGCACAGGUUGGACAGGAACCGCAAGGUCAUGUUUAGCAGCCCCGUUCCAGUGGAGUCCAAUGCAGUCAUGCAGAUUCAUGUGGCUCGUCCAGAAGAUAGCGGCACAUAUGUGUGUACGGCACGCAACAACGAAGGCAGCACCGAGACCAGGGUGGAGGUCAUUGUGGAGGAAGGCUCCCAGUUGCCCUCAGCACCAAGAGCGUUUGUUCCCGAACCGCUGAUGGUUGUGGUGGAAGGUCAUACCGCCACCCUACGUUGUGAAGCUCAUGGUUCCCCCCCUCCAAUUGUCACAUGGUCCAAAUUGCGGUCAUCUCUACCUUGGCAACAUAAAGUGGUGGACAACCACCUAGUACUGCACAACGUGGGUCGGCAGGACUCUGGGGAAUAUAUUUGCACCGCCACCAACACCAUGGGCACUACCGAAGUCACCAUUACACUUAAUGUGGAAAAAUCCCCUGUGGCCAUCGUCACCCCUGUUGGGCCAGUGCGCAUCAGGGUAGGCGAACCCAUUAAUCUGGAGUGCCAGGCUUCCGGAGAUCCUCGACCUUCCGUGUCAUGGCACAGGUUGGAUAGCAACCGCAAGGUCAUGCUUAGCAGCCCCGUUCCAGUGGAGUCCAAUGCAGUCAUGCAGAUUCUUGUGGCUCGUCUAGAAGAUAAUGGCACAUAUGUGUGUACGGCACGCAACAAAGAAGGCAGCACCGAGACCAGGGUGGAGGUCAUUGUGGAGGAAGGCUCCCAGUUGCCCUCAGCACCAAGAGCUUUUGUUCCCGAACCACUGAUGGUUGUGGUGGAAGGUCAUACCGCCACCCUACGUUGUGAAGCUCAUGGUUUCCCCCCUCCAAUUGUCACAUGGUCCAAAUUGCGGUCACCUCUGCCUUGGCGACAUAAGGUGGUGGACAACAACCUAGUACUGCCCAACGUGGGUCGGCAGGACUCUGGGGAAUAUAUUUGCACCGCCACCAACACCAUGGGCACUACUGAAGUCACUGUUACACUCGAUGUGGAAACCCCUCCAUAUGCUACGUCUGUGCCCGACAAUGUGGCAGUGCGUGUCGGGGAGGUGAUCCGCUUGCAGUGCCUGGCGCAUGGCACUCCUCCUUUGGCCUACACUUGGACCAAGCUGGAUGGUGGGCUUCCCUCGAGGGCCCAGGUCAGCGACGGGGAUCUUCAGAUCAAUCUGGCGACCACCGAAGACGCUGGCAGCUACAAGUGUGUGGCCAGCAACAAAGUUGGCCACAGUGAAGUCGUGGCUAAAGUUGCAGUCCGAUCUCCACUGGCUGUCCGUGUGUCACCGCAAGUGGAGGUGAAGGCUCAGGGCAGCGCUGUGGAGUUCACAUGUUCAGCAGCCGGGGGAGUAGAAACUAAAAUUGAGUGGCUGAAGGAGGGAGGUGCUCUGCCCCCGAACCACCAUGUCAAGGAUGGCGUGCUCAGAAUCGAGAACCUUGAGCAAAGCAAUGAAGGUGUUUAUAUCUGCCGAGCAAGCAGUGUGUAUGGUCAGGCUCAGGAUGCAGCCAGGCUAACCAUUCAAGCACUGCCCAAGGUGAUGAUCAACGUGCGCACCUCAGUGCAGACCGUCAUGAUCGGGAACUCUGUAGAGUUUGAAUGCCAGGCUAUUGGCGACCCGGAGCCCACAGUCAAAUGGAGCAAAGUGGGUGGCACUCUGCCCGCACACAUUGUGGUGAUGGGCGGCAUGUUGAAGAUUGAACGAGUGACGGAGGCUGACGCAGGGCAGUAUCGCUGCACAGCCACCAAUGACGUGGGCUCGGUACAGUCCCAAGUGGUCCUUAAUGUCCAGUCACUUCCUCAAAUUUCUGCCCUCCCUGAAAGGAAGGAGGUGACUGUUGGAUCUGAUGCUGUCUUGCCUUGUGUGGCAUCGGGAUAUCCAGUGCCGGACAUCAGAUGGUCCAAGGUUGAAGGUGAGCUUCCUGCAAAGUGCUUCCAGGAAGUCAACGUGCUGACGGUUCCUCGAGUCACAGAUAGCGACUCGGGGACAUACGUGUGCACCGCCUAUAACAAACAUGGCAAAGUGGAAGCCUUCACUAGACUGGACGUUCAUGAGAGAGUGAUGCCAUACUUUGCCCAGGAGCCAUUGUCCUAUCUCACCCUGCCCACCAUCAAAAACGCCUACAAGGCUUUCAGUAUCAAAAUCAACUUCAGGCCUGAUAAUGUUGAUGGUCUCAUAUUGUAUGCUGGUAUGAUCCUUUACAAUGGCCAGAGGAGGACCACUGGAGCCGACUUCAUUUCUCUUGGUCUUGUGGGCGGCCGUUUAGAGUUCAGGUUUGAUGUGGGUUCUGGCAUGGCCACCAUUCGUGACCCUAACCCUAUUAAACUUGGAGAAUUUCACACAGUCAAGCUGUAUCGGAACCACACCCUUGGCUACAUCAUAGUGGAUGGGGGAGAGCCCAUUAAUGGAAGCUCACAAGGCAAGUUCAAGGGCUUGGAUCUGAAUGAGGAGCUGCAUGUGGGUGGUUACCCCAACUAUACGGCUUUGGCUAAAACUGCUGGAAUCAAGACCGGGUUUGUUGGUUGCAUUCGCCAGCUUGUCAUCCAAGGUGAUGAGGUCAUCUUCAAGGAUUUGGAUCGCAGCUCUACUGGUGUUACAAACUGUCCCACUUGCAAGGAUCACCCGUGCCAGAACGGAGGGAGGUGCGAGGACUCGGAUGCUAGCUUGUAUAAGUGUAGCUGCCCCAGAGGAUUUACUGGCAGCAACUGCCAGCACCACUCAUCCCUUCACUGCCACUCGGACGCUUGCGGACCAGACGCUACUUGCAUUAAUCGGCAAAGCGGCCUGGGAUAUGAUUGUCGCUGCCACCUCGGAAAGUUUGGGAACAAAUGCAUGGAUGGGGAAUUGGUAACAACUCCACUGUUUGACGGAGAGGACUCGUACAUCUCCUACCCUCCUCUGACCAAUGUCCAUGAUGACCUGCGGGUUGAACUGGAGUUUAAACCCCUUCAGAGAGAUGGUCUGAUGUUCUUCUGCGGAGGGAAGAAGAUGAGGGUUGAGGACUUUGUGGCCAUUUCCAUGACGGAAGGGCAUGUCGAGUUCAAAUACGAACUGGGCACAGGUCAGGCAGUACUUCGCAGUCAAGAACCAGUCUCUUUGGGCCAGUGGCAUCGACUAGUGGCUGAGCGGAACAAGCGGGACGGUCACCUUAGAGUUGACCAUGGUCCAGUGGAAAAGAGGGCGUCUCCAGGAAAAGCCCAGGGCCUCAAUAUCCACACGCCCAUGUUCCUAGGAGGCGUCGCCAACAUGGACAUCCUGCCCAAGCCUGCAAAUGUCAGCAAUAUGUUUGAGGGCUGCAUAGGAGAGGUCCUGAUAAACAACAAGAAGGUAGAUCUGUCCUACAGCUUUACAGAAAGCAGGGCCAUCCGCAAGUGUGUGGACACCAGCCCGUGUGACCGCAGGCCCUGCCUGCAUGGGGGCCACUGCAUGCCCAAUGCUGAGUAUGAGUACCAGUGCCUCUGCAAGGAUGGAUUUGAAGGCGAGCAUUGUGAGAUCAUGAAAGAUGUCUGCCAGAGCGACCUUCAAUGCCAAAAUGGCGGCAACUGUAUUGGUGGACAGUGCGUGUGCCAGUCGGGCUUCACUGGCCUCAACUGUGAAGAAAGCCGUGUCGCCAUCUUCCCAGAGGCCAAGUGGAAUUCAGAGGCCAGCGAGGCCAAUGAUUCCCCUUAUCAGUAUGCAGCUCAUUUUAACAACGAUGGAUACGUUGCCCUUCCUAAGUCCAGCUUCCAAAGAAGCGCUCAUGACUCUCCAGAGACCAUCGAACUGGAGAUCAACACCUUCUCCUCUGAGGGUCUGGUCCUGUGGCAAGGAGUUGAGACCAAUGGCACACUCAAUGUGCGAAAGGUGCAUGCUAGUAAAAAGGAGCGAGGAGAACAUGGCAAAGGCAAGGAUUUCAUCAGCCUGGGCCUUCGCAACGGACACCUAGUUUUCAGUUACCAGUUGGGCAGCGGAGAAGCAGCAAUCAUGUCAAAGAGGACCAUCAAUGACGGGAAAUGGCACAAAGUUACAGCAGUCAGGACUGGAAAAGACGGCUACAUUCAGAUUGAUGAAGGACCUGCUCUCCAUGGACAGUCCAAGGGCAAAAGCAUUAUGGUCAACACAAAAGGCCACCUUUACCUGGGUGGAGCUCCAGAUAUGGCAGCCAUGACUGGAGGGAAGUUUUCCUCUGGAAUGACGGGAUGCGUGAGGAACCUAUCCCUGAUGAACGCCCGGCCUGGAGACGAUGAAGCGGCUCAGACCGUCGACUUGCAAGCCCACGCGGCUCACAGCGUCAACGUGCAGCCUUGCACAUUAUAGACCCCGUACACAUGCACACAUACACACACGCAAAGAAUGUGGAGUGAUUUCAUCGACAUACACACUUCCCAGAGAGACUGACAACGGAAACUUACACAAACUUGGUGCUUGGCUGCUACCAAAAAAACGGACGAUACAACAUCUUGGUGCGGUGAAACCAAAACAAAAAAAAAACCAUUAACAUUUCUUCUUCUCCUUGGUGUUUUAUUCUGGAUGAAGGAGAGAACAUGUGCAGUUUACAUACUCGCAGCAGUAGUUUUUUUGUCGUGAUAAGUCAGAUCCUAUGGAGAAGGAGACGUUUUUACAGCACUGAAUUUUAUUUAUAUGCAUAUGAAUAUGAUAUUUGUGGGAGGUAUAAACUUGCUAACUAACCAUCAGUGCACUUCCUAGAAAUGAUUCUGGCAUCUAACGGAGCGUUUCACAGGUUUUCACACUUGACUUUCCAUCUUUCCUUGCUUGUGUCGGGUGCAUGUACGCUUGCUUUUUUUGGGGGGGGGGGCACACACAGUCGCAUGCAACUUCAGUCCACAACUCAAGUCAUCAACAACAACAAAAAUAUUUGUUUUGAUGUCUUUGCAGUUGUGUUUUGUGUCUUUUUUUUUUUGUUCUUUUUGGUAUGAACUGGUGCUAAAUAUUAUCAGACACGAGGGUACAGUUUUAAUUCGAUUCCGAAUUUUUAAAAAAAGGAUAUCAUGUUUAGUGGUGGCAACCUUCCAGGAAAGCAAGCAUGCUAUUUGUUUUUUUUUUAUUUUUUUGGCAAGCUAACGUCAGCUAUCCAGUAAGUAAAUGUGCCUUCAGAAUUUAGUUUAUUAUCAUUGAAGAGCUUUUCCGGUGGUGUAGUGAUACACUUUUUUUUUUUUUUUUUUCAAGAUGGCAGCGCCCUGUACGGCUGCGUCUGCUUUGGCUCCCGGUAACAAAGUCUAACCUAACACAUGCUUGGCAUUAUUACAGUCAGCAUAGGAUUGAUUCCAACACAGCGUGUAUUGUUGUUUUUUUAUUUUGAUUUUUUGAUUGACAGGGCAUACCUGGGAUAGGCUCCAGCUAAGGAUAAGCAUUGGAAAGUAAAUGCGUAUUCAUUGAUCGCCCGUCAAUGAGAUAAUGUGAUUAUGAUAUGUUGGCGCCCCAGCUUUAUUUGAAUGAGUAGAUCUCAAAAAUCGAUUUUUUUUUUUUGUUUUUUUUUGCUUAGCUCAGCAGUUUGAAGCCACUAAUAUUAGAUGCCAACGGUGGCUUGUGUGCGCUUGUGAGAAAUGUGUUGGCCUCACAAAGGAGGGGGGGGCGGGUCAUUUAGGUGCCUUGAGAUGUUUUGUAUUAGUCUUCUUCUGUCAUGGACCGUGUGGUUCUGAGGUGGACCCUUCAGCACCAAAAUGUCUGUGUGUCGUCUGGAGUUGCUGUGACACCGAUCGAGCAAUGUUUGCCCACGUUUUGACAAAACACUUUUAAUUUGCUUAUAAUGUUUAGACGACCACCAUGCUUCAUUCUUAUUUAUUCUAAGUCUCUUUACCUUCUUUUGCUCUGCAUUGUCUUUCUGCCCCCCCUCCUCUUGUGUAUCAUCCCCUUCUCAAGGUUGAACACACCCAUAAAAGUUCCUCCUAGGCAGCGAAUUUGAUACAUAGAUUUCCGCCAUGUUUGAAUGUGAAGACGUAAUUGGAGAGUCAAGACCAUGAUCCGUUUAAAAUGUUCUGAAACUGGAUCUAAAUAUGUACACUGUCAAUUGAGAUGUGUUUGGUUUGUAAAUCAGCAUAUUGGUAUGAACUCUCUAUAAAAAAAAGUGCACUUUUAGUCAUGAUGGAUUUUCUUCUCUCUAUGGAUUAAAUUGAACCCGAGUGAAUUAUAGUCUAUGUCAGGAAAAACUGAUGACCCAACGUUGGAGCGACAUGCCAUUACCAUUUGUGUUUCUUUAAUAAAAACAAAAUUCAUGUGCUA